AUGUCGACCAUAGUUUCAUGGUCCAUACGGCCGUUGAGUCUGCUUUUAGCUGGCCUUGCGCUUCUUCCAAACGUAUCUCAGGCCAAUCCGUCUGUCAACGUUGCCUUGAGCGCUUCAUUCAAUUCAGCUCCUUACCUCGUGGAACUCCUAGAAACAGCGGCCGAAGAGAACUCGACUUCCUAUUUUCCCCUUCUCGAUCGCAUUGCCGAUGGUAGAUUCGUGGAUGCCACCACCGAGAAAGACCUCUACGAACAAUUCAUUCAGGUGCUCAGCGAAGAUGGCCAUAUUACGGAUCCCGUUGCCUUGUCAUCAUUCAAGUUUGCAUUGUCGAUUCGAUCCACUGCGCCGCGAAUCCAGGCUCAUUACCAAUAUUAUAACUCCUCCGUUGAGAAUUCGUUGAUGGCGGCGCAGGAUGCUGUGUGUCAGGUUUGGGCGCAUUAUGACGGAUCUCAGUAUUGUUCGCCUACUUUAGAGCAUGCCCAGCAGCCUUUAAUUGCUGGAAGGGACGAGUCACUUGAGAAACUGCUUCCUUUCGAUCGUGUGUUGGCUGCUCCAAACGCCGAAGAUGAGGAAAACCAGCAAUCGCUAGUUUUAUAUGCCGAUAUAACCUCGCCUUUAUUCAGCGAGUUCCACAAGGCAGUCAGCAGAAGAGCCAGAGAUGGCGAGAUGUCUUACAGGGUUCGUUACCGGCCAUCGACGGCUGCGUCUAGAUCAGCAACGCCUCUUUUCGUCAGUGGUUAUGGAGUAGAACUUUCUCUCAAGCGUACCGAUUACAUCAUGAUUGAUGAUCGGGCUUCAGGAAAAAGCGACUCUAAGGAGGCUCCCCUUGACUCAAAGCCAACAUUGGCAGUUGACGGACUCUCUGACAGCCCUACUGCUGACCUUGAACCUCUUUCGUCAUCCGAAGUGUCAACUCUUGGAUUGAAUGCUGCGAGUUUUGUCAUGAAUAGUGAUGACCCAUUCGAUACCCUCAUCAAACUAUCUGAUGAUUUCCCUAGGCACUCAAAGACAAUUGCUGGCGUCAAUGCAACCUCAGAAUUUCUCGCUGAAUAUGAGGAAAAUAGGAAAAAUGGAUUGCAGCCAGGUAUAAACACUAUGUGGAUCAACGGUGUUCAAAUGUCUCCUCAAAACAUCGAUGCUUUUUCCCUUCUAGCCCAUCUAAGGCAGGAGCGGAAACUAAUGAACUCGCUUAAUGAACUUGGGUUGCAAGUACAAGAAGCCGUCAAGCUUUUGUCUCAUCCAGCCAUCACAAUGGCCCAGAAAGUACACGGAAGCCAGAGGUACGACUAUCGAGAUGAUAUUGAGGGAGGGGGAGUUAUCAUCUGGCUCAAUGAUCUAGAAAAGGAUUCUCGAUAUAAAGAUUGGUCAGACGAUAUCAUCACACUUCUGCAACCAACAUAUCCUGGCCAGUUCCAUGAACUCCGUCGCGAUGUUCACAACGUCAUUGUUCCUUUGGAUCUGGCAAAUAAGGAAGACAUUACUCUCUUUGUCGAGGAGAUACAAGCUUUUGUUCUGAACAAUGUUCCUAUUAGAUUCGGAUUGGUUCCAACCCAGCUUAGUGAGCUCUCUAAGGAGCAGGCGAAGAUUGCUUAUCAUUUGAAUAAAACUUACGGACUUGAGUCUGUGUUUAGUUACUUUACCGAGAUAUACUCAUCUCAGAAAUUCAAUCUACCCAGCAAAGUUGAUUUUGAAACAGCUAUCAAAGACAAGGAGCCGAAAGAUGAUCAGUCAGUAAUCUUGUUUGAAGAUGUGCUGAAAUCUACUGAACUCGAUGCCUUGAUACAAAAGUCUAGAGGCUAUCUCAAGAGAUUAGCUAUCGACAGAGAGAAUCCUCCUGUAUAUGCCAACGCUAUCCCCAUUGAGCGUGACGAGCGAUGGAUGCACUUCCUAAUCGACAGGUUGUUCAAAGAUGUGCAGGGUUUGCAGCGGCGUAUUUAUGAAGGGGACUACCAGGGAGACGUUUGGCUUCCCAGCUUUUACCUGGAAGAAGCGUCUCCAAAAUUCAACACAUUGGUUAUCCCCGACGACCCCAGUGACAUAACCGUGAAAAGCAUAAACAAUGCUUAUUCGAAAUAUAAGGAAGCUUUUGAGAACAUUCCACGAAUACCAGGGAAGGGCGAUUCUGGCAUAGAUAAAUGGGCCCAACUGGCACUUGUUAUCGAUCUAGAUGAUGAACAUGGCGCAAAGCAAUUGGCUAACGCGGUUGCUUUCCAUAAAGCAAAUCCAGAGGUGGAGGUUUUGAUACUGCACAAGCCGUCGAUGCCAGAAAAUGGGCCAGGCCUGUCUACUGAGCUGCAUAAACUCCUUGACGAUGGACGUGAUUUGGAAAUAGAUGCCAUCGACGCUUUGCUUGACAAGGAAACGGAGAGCAAGAGGACCUCAGCCGAUGCACAGAAGUUUUACUCGACUAUCCAGCCAGUGAUAACUGAGCUAGGAGCGGACGGGAAUGGCAUGCAUGUUAUUUUGAAUGGAAGAUUGAUUGGACCCCUCAACCAGACAACAAUCUUGGACACUCAGGAUCUGGAAUUGGCACUGCAGUAUGAACGUUCCAAGCGCCUUACUCCUGUGGUAAUAGCCCUCGAGUCACUAAAAGAAACCGAUAAAAUCCGUGAUCACCUUGCCUUUGCAAGACUCACAUCCAUGGUAGCACUCUCGACAAUUUCAGAUAUCCCGGAAGGAACUUUCCAAAGACCCCCGAUGAUCCGCACUGAAAUUUUCAAUAGCUGGGUCACCAAGCAUUCAGCAAUUACCGUAUCGAACUCAGAAGCUCCCUUGAUCAACAUCGUUGCGACAUUAGACCCCGCAACAGAAGUUGCUCAGCGGUGGAUUCCCAUCUUGAAAGUUUUGUCCCAGCUCCACGGUGUCUCUCUACGGAUAUUCUUGACUCCCCUAGAGACCAUUAAGGAACUACCUGUGAAAAGGUUUUACAGACAUGUCCUUGAACCUGCACCAUCGUUCCGUGACGAUGGCUCACUAAAUCGACCUGGUGCUUCCUUCCAUGGGGUUCCCCAGGAAGCAUUACUGAACCUCGGCAUGGAUGUUCCGCCGUCAUGGCUUGUGGCCCCUAAAGACUCAGUCCAUGAUCUAGAUAAUAUAAAGUUGAGUUCUCUAAAAGAAGGCACCAAUGUUGAUGCCAUUUACGAGCUUGAACAUAUCUUGAUUGAGGGCCAUUCCCGCGACAUGUCUAAGAACAAGCCUCCGAGAGGUGUCCAGCUACUUCUAGGAACCGAAAGGGACCCUCAUUUUACUGAUACCAUUAUCAUGGCAAAUCUCGGCUAUUUCCAGUUUAAGGCACAACCAGGGCACUGGCAGAUAACAUUGAAGCCGGGUAGAAGCGAUAACAUUUUCAAUCUCGAUAGUGUUGGUGGCAUGGGUUACAGCCCUAAGCCGGGUGACGAUAACAACGAAGUCUCGCUACUGUCAUUCCAAGGAAAGACCCUCUUCCCUCGUUUGUCUCGCAAAUCUGGCCACGAAUCGGAUGACGUUCUCGAGGAUGGAUCUAAGAAACAAGGUUCAGCAAAAAAUCUUCUCUCCCAGGGGCUUGAUUUCGCAUCUGGUGUUUUCUCCGGUGUAUCAAAGACGCGAAAGGAGAAACAUGCGGACAUUAACAUUUUCUCAGUUGCCAGUGGCCAUUUGUACGAGCGAAUGCUGAACAUCAUGAUGCUAUCUGUGACGAAGCAUACGAAACAUUCUGUCAAAUUCUGGUUCAUUGAGCAAUUCCUCUCACCUUCAUUUAAGACAUUUGUCCCUCACUUGGCUGAAAAGUACGGAUUUUCUUAUGAGAUGGUUACAUAUAAAUGGCCACAUUGGCUCCGCCCACAGCGUGAAAAACAGAGAGAGAUUUGGGGUUACAAGAUCCUCUUCCUUGAUGUGCUUUUCCCCUUGUCAUUAGACAAGGUUAUUUUCGUGGAUGCAGACCAAAUUGUCCGUACUGACAUGUACGAUCUCGUUUCUCUCGAUCUAGAGGGAGCUCCAUAUGGCUUCACGCCAAUGUGUGACUCCCGGACCGAGAUCGAAGGCUUCCGGUUCUGGAACCAAGGAUACUGGAAACGUUUCUUGCGUGGUCGACCGUACCACAUUUCUGCGCUUUAUGUUGUUGACCUGAACCGCUUCCGUGCUAUCGCCGCUGGUGAUAGGCUUAGAGGACAAUACCAAUCUCUAUCUGCUGAUCCAGAAAGUUUAUCUAACCUUGACCAAGACCUACCAAACCACAUGCAGCAUUCUAUUCCUAUCAAGAGUCUUCCCCAGGACUGGCUUUGGUGCGAGACAUGGUGUUCUGACGAGUCUCUCAAGACCGCCAAAACGAUCGACCUCUGCAAUAACCCAAUGACCAAGGAACCAAAGCUCGACAGGGCAAGAAGACAAGUACCUGAAUGGACUGUUUAUGAUGAAGAGAUCGCACAGCUGGCACGGACAGUCGGCGCAAAAGACACUGAGUCGGAUCAUACCCAACAUGAAGCCAAAGAGACAGAACCGGAGGAUACGAGCAAGGACGAGUUGUGA